GUCGGCGCGAACAACGGCGGGGGCAAGUCCAGCAAGAAGAAGAACCAGAACAUCGGCUACAAGCUGGGGCACCGCCGGGCGCUCUUCGAGAAGCGCAAGCGCCUCAGCGACUACGCGCUCAUCUUCGGCAUGUUCGGCAUCGUCGUCAUGGUCAUCGAGACCGAGCUCUCCUGGGGCGCCUACACCAAGGAGUCGCUGUAUUCCCUCGCUCUGAAAUGCCUUAUUAGCCUCUCCACGAUCAUCCUGCUCGGGCUCAUCAUCGUGUACCACGCAAGGGAAAUCCAGUUGUUCAUGGUGGACAAUGGAGCAGAUGACUGGAGAAUAGCCAUGACUUAUGAGCGUAUUUUCUUUAUCUGCUUGGAAAUACUGGUGUGUGCUAUACAUCCCAUACCUGGGAACUAUACAUUUAUAUGGACAGCCCGGCUUGCCUUUUCUUACACUCCAUCCACAACAACAGCUGAUGUGGAUAUUAUUUUAUCUAUACCAAUGUUCUUAAGGUUGUAUCUUAUUGCCAGAGUUAUGCUUUUGCAUAGCAAACUUUUCACUGAUGCAUCAUCUAGAAGCAUUGGAGCGUUAAAUAAGAUAAACUUCAAUACCCGUUUUGUUAUGAAGACUUUAAUGACAAUAUGUCCAGGAACCGUACUGUUGGUUUUUAGUAUCUCAUUAUGGAUAAUUGCUGCAUGGACUGUCCGAGCUUGUGAAAGGUACCAUGAUCAACAGGAUGUUACUAGUAACUUCCUUGGAGCAAUGUGGUUGAUUUCAAUAACUUUUCUAUCCAUUGGAUACGGUGACAUGGUACCUAAUACAUACUGUGGGAAAGGAGUCUGUUUACUCACUGGAAUUAUGGGUGCUGGGUGCACUGCACUGGUGGUAGCUGUGGUGGCAAGGAAGUUAGAACUUACCAAAGCUGAAAAACAUGUGCAUAAUUUCAUGAUGGACACCCAGCUAACUAAAAGAGUGAAAAAUGCAGCGGCCAAUGUACUCAGGGAAACAUGGUUAAUUUAUAAAAGUACAAAGCUGGUUAAAAAGAUAGACCAUGCGAAAGUAAGGAAACAUCAACGAAAAUUCUUGCAAGCUAUUCAUCAAUUAAGAAGUGUAAAAAUGGAACAAAGAAAACUGAAUGAUCAAGCCAACACUUUGGUGGACCUGGCAAAGACUCAAAACAUCAUGUAUGACAUGAUUUCUGACUUAAACGAAAGAAGCGAAGAUUUUGAGAAGAGAAUUGUUACUCUGGAAACUAAACUGGAAACUUUAAUUGGUAGCAUUCAAGCUCUCCCUGGACUGAUUAGCCAGACAAUCAGCCAGCAGCAAAGGGAUUUCCUCGAGGCUCAGAUACAAAAUUAUGAUAAGCAUGUUGCCUACAGUGCUGAACGAUCACGAUCCUUGUCAAGAAGAAGGAGAUCAUCCUCCACAGCACCACCAACUUCAUCAGAGAGUAGCUAGAAGAGAAUAAGUUAACCACAAAAUAAAGACUUUUUGCCAUCAUAUGGUCAAUAUUUUAGCUUUUAUUGUAAAGCCCUAUGGUUCUAACCAGUGUUAUCUGGGUUCUGAUGUCAGAAUCCUGGAAACCUGAACACGUUUUAGGCCAAAAUGAGUGAAAACUCUUCUUUUUUCCCCCUCCUCCUCUCAGAUGCACAGUGAAUGCACCUAUUAUUGCUAUAUUAGAUUGUUCCUCCUGUAAUUUCACUAACUUUUUAUUCAUGCACUUCAAAAAAACUUUACUACUACAGUAUAUAAUAUAAUUAAAAGGUUGAUUUCUGCACAUAGUUGCUUGGUUACUUGGACUUAACAACUAAAAAAAAAACCUCACAAUCAAAAGGCCUAAUUAUAAACUUCUAAGAAACAAAAUUGAAGCUUAAUAAUUAUCUCUCAG